AUGCUUGCAGCGAUAGCUCUGGCUCUCCUCGCCGUCCAGGCGAGCGCAGCAGAGUACACCCUUUACCACCGCUACGUCUCGUCUGGCGCAGAGUUUGUCCCUCGCGGAACUGUCUCGUUCGACAACGGCGCGGCCGUCUUCUCGCCUUCCUCCGAGUCGCCUUUGUCGUCGUCCUCCGACGACAGCGCGUGGUACCAGGUUGCCCUCGGUGUGGGCAGUGACCUUAUUACGGCGUCCACUCGUUCCUGCUUUGCGGACAGCGGCGUUCUCACUCUGCACCUCACCGACGACAGGCCGUCGGGUAUAGAGUUCAAGCCGUCCGACUCGGCGGCGUGCGCUAGCUCGGCCGACGCUGUGCUUCCUUCGUCUGUUAUCCAGGUCAACAUCAAGACCGCUCAGAAGGUGGCAAGCCCCUCCCUCGCUGCCCCGCGUGUUGUCGACACUACUGGCCAGACCGUUGUCCCGGAACCCGAGAAGACGUUCAUGCAAAAGUACUGGAUGUACAUUGUCGCCGGCAUGCUCUUCCUCGCCACCCAGAUGAGCGAUGAGCCGCGCGGCCAGGCCGAGGGAGGAGGCGACGCACCUGCCGCGGCAAAGUAG